AUGCCGUCCCCGCCGGCCCCGCGCUCGCCCUCGCUGCGCGCCUGCUUCUCCCCGCCCGCCGACGCGCGGCCCUGCAGCAGCCCGUGCGCGCCCCCCGCGCGCGCCCCCCGCGGCCCGCGCGCGCCCCGCCGGCUGCCCUGGUGCCUCAUCGACUGGGCGCACGUGCGGCUGCUGCACCGCCUGGGCGCUGGGGGCUUCGGCGCCGUCUACAAGGCCACCUACCACGGCGUGCCCGUGGCCCUCAAGCAGGUGCGGGCCGGCGCGGGGAACCGCCUGGCGUCGCAGCGCAGCUUCUGGGCCGAGCUGAACGUGGCGCGGCUGCGGCACGCCAACAUCGUGCGGCUGCUGGCGGCCAGCACGCGCGCGCCCGCCGGCCUCGACGGCCCCGGGGCCGUGCUCAUGGAGUUCGGCGGCCACCUGACGCUGCACCGCCGCAUCUACGCCACCCCCGAGCCGCUGGGCCCGCGCGAGCGCCUGCGCUACGCCCUGGACGUGGCCAGCGGGCUGCGCUUCCUGCACGCGCAGAGCAUCGUGCACCUGGACCUCAAGCCCGCCAACGUGCUCAUCAGCGAGCAGGGCGUGUGCAAGAUCGGGGACUUCGGCUGCUCCCAGAAGCUCCCGGGGCGGCCGUGCCCGGAGAAGGCGCCCGGGCCCCUGGGGGGCACCUACACGCACCGCGCCCCCGAGUUGCUCCGGGGAGAGGCGCUCACGCCCAAGGCCGACAUCUACUCCUUUGCCAUCACGCUCUGGCAGCUGAGCACCCGGGAGCUGCCCUACUCCGGAGAACGCGACUACGUGCUCUACGCCGUGGUGGCCUGCCAGCUCAGGCCCCCGCUCUCGGCGCCCGUCUUCACCGACUCCGUGCCCGGGAGGAAACUGCAGAGCCUCAUCCAGCGCUGCUGGACGCCCCGGCCGAGGCAGCGGCCGAGCGCGGGCCUGCUCUGGCUGGACCUGCACGCCUUGAAGGCCGAGCACGGGUGA